AUGGCCGAAAUGUCUUCCUCAUUGUUGCCUUCUAUGUCUCCUUGCUAUAAGAGGAACUGGCUUCUUUCUUGGGGUAUCGGCAUGAUGCUCGUCUCGGCUUUGGCGGACGACGUGCCUCCCGUCUUUCUGUUUGGAGACUCGACAUUCGAUGUGGAGACUAACGAUUGCAUACCUACGAGGGCAAAAGCCAACUUCCCUUAUAACGGGAUCGAUUUCCCCAAUGCCCUAGCGACGGGGAGAUUCAGUAACGGAUAUAACAAUGCCGACGAAAUAGUUUCUUCUGAUGGCAUCUUUAAUCUUAUGUUGCAAUUAGACAUCACCAACAUAGAAGAAGCAUGCAGCGGACAAGGGACGCUGAAUGCAGAGGAGCCGUGCUUCGUCGACGACAGCCCCAACCUAUGCCCGAACCGCGGGGAAUACUUAUUCUGGGACUUGUUCCACCCGACCCAGUACGCGACCCACAAAGCCGCCGUCACUCUGUUCACCGGGGGCCCGACCUUCGUGGUGCCGAUGAACUUGGGCCAGUUGGCCCGGGCCAGCGCGUGA